CUCCCGCCCGGAAUCUCAGUCUAAGCCAAAGCUCGACGAUCCCCUGGAAGUAAAAAAGCUUUCGCUUCCUGUAAAUCUUGUCGCCAUAGCAACCGCGGAUGCACCUUCCGAGUUAUGUCCGGGUCUGAAGUUUAUAAAAUAUCAUUUACAUUUCCAAAUCAAGAUAAGUAUGAUGGUGACUGUACAAGAACACCUGAUGGAAUUCUUGAGAGAAAUGGAUAUGGAGUUCAUACAACCGCAGGUGGAAUUAUUUAUCGUGGAACAUGGAAGAAUGAUAAGAUGAAUGGUUUAGGAAGGCUAGAACAUCCUUCAGGUGCAGUUUAUGAAGGUGAAUUCAAGAACAACAUGUUACAUGGAACAGGAACUUAUGUAUUUUCUAAUGGAUCCAAGUAUACUGGACAAUUCAAUGAAAACAAGCUGGAAGGGAAAGGAGAAUUUACAGACACACAAGGGCUGGAAUGGGAUGGCACCUUUCACUAUACAGCAGCACCAGGGCUGAAGCUAAAGUUAGAAAUGUAG